UUGUAUAUUUUCUGUAAACAGGACAGAUAAUGAAGUACCAGAAACAUUAACCAAAAGUGAUUAAAGUUUCAUUUUUUAAUACAAAAUGAUUAAUAUUGCUCAUCCGAAGGUAUCGACGAAACCACCGAUAAGUAAAAUUCCACCAUCACGUAAAAAUUCGAUGAAUUUCGAAGAAUUUCCGACCCUCAAAAAACCGGUUGAUCCACCUACAAGUAAUUGUAAAGAAAUUGAAAUGGGGAUUGAUGCGAUGAUAAAAAGUCUCGAGAGUGACGCGAAGAAAUUACAAGCUACCAGUGAUUGUAAUCAAAAUGUUAUUGAACCAAAUUCGUGCUCGUUUGAACAAUUGUGUAGUAUGAUUAAUGAUCUCGAACGCAACACUUCCGGAGACCGUAUAAAUUAUCCUGAGAAGAAUGAAGCUCAUCUUGUGGAAGAAAGAUACAAGAAUCAGGUGGAACCGGAAAAGGAUUGUUCCAAUCAACUUUGCAGUGCAGCCGGUUCUACCUAUGAAGAUAUAAUGUCAUUUUUGGGAACGUUAGAGCAGGAUGAAACGGGAUACGUCAAUGACAGUCAGAUUGAAAAAUCGGAUAAGAAUUCAAAAAGCAUUCUACAGGAAUUAUUUACUGAGAAUCAGUUUCAUUACUGUCCUGGUUGUAAUAGAAACAAUAGAACCGUGAGUCUCAUACCGAAUACAUUAAAAGAGGAUUUAGCAACCGCUAAACUGCAACUGGAAGAACGAGAAGCUACCAUAAGAUUUUUGAAAAAUGAACUGCGCACCGAACGGCAGUUAGCUUGUGAGAAAAUUGAAGCACAGACAAAGCAGCACACAGCGGCUCAACAAACGCAAAAAUCAAAGUAUCAAACCGUCGUGAAGCGGCAUCAAAAGUUCAUCGAGCAGCUUCUUUCCGAGAAGAAGGAUUUGUCUGAAAAAUGCAAUUUUUUGGCAGACCGCAUCAAAGAAAUGGAAGCCAAACAUUUGCGGGAAUCGAAAGUCGUAGCUGAGAGACAUACUGUAGAAUUGCAACGCGCCAGGGAGCUUUGUGCGGCUAGCGAAAAGAUCCGUCGCGAACGAUGGUUAGAAGCCAAAACAUCUAAGAUUAAGGAAAUGACGGUGAAAGGUCUUGAACCGGAACUUCGUAGUAUGGUUGAACAGCAUCAACAAGACAUCCAGGAGAUACGUAGUGCACAUAUUAAAGAGUUACAAGACAUGGAAUUGAGAACUAUACGGCGUUCUAAUCAGCAACUUGAACAGUUGAGACUUGAAUUGGUGGCUAGUCAUGAAAAAAUGAUGAGCAACGAAAAAGAAAUCCUUAGAGCCAGGUACGAGGAGAAAAUGGAAGAGCAAGAAAAGCUGUUUCGUACUCAACACAGAAAACUUAUUGAUGAAUUGCAGCAGGAGAGAAAUUUGUUUGUACAGCAACAAGCGAAGAUGCAUUCCGAGAAGGAUGCUGCAGUGCAACAGGCUUAUUCUCAUUUUCAGGAAAAGAUAAAUGCCUUGAAUCGGCAACAUCAAAUUGAGAAGAAAUCUUUUCAAGAAUCGUUACGAGUUGAGCAGGAAACAUGGAUGGAGAAUUAUCGUAGGCAACAGAGCGUGAAAUUUGAAAGGGCCGAAGGGAAAAUUCGCGAAGAAUGUAAUCGCGAGCGGGAUAGGCAGAUUGAAAUAGCGAUUGAAAGACUUGAAAGGGAGACGCGCGACAUGAAGAAUGAUUUACAAAAAAGCUCACAAAAUAAACUCAGGAGUUUGAAGGAAAAAUACGAGACUGAAUUAAAAGACGCUGCUGAGAAUGAGCAAUUGUUAAAGAGUAAAAUGACGUUGAUACAAAAACGUUUGAAAGAUACUGAAAAUCAAUUGGAAAUUUCUGAAAACAAAUUGCGAGAUUGCUCCUGCGAUUUGAAUGCUUGUAAGCAGUCGAUGGACAAAAUGAAAAUGGAACGCGACAAUGCAAAACGCGUUGUUCGUCAAGAAAUUGAAAUGGAAAAACGUGGAUUAGAGGAGAAAAUUUCAUCUUUGUAUCGUGAAUUGGCGGAAAACAAUUCGAAUCGAGAAGCUUUAAUGGGUCAAGUGUAUAGCAGAAUUAAAUUGAUCGUCACUCAAAAGGAUUUGUUAAUUCGAAAUCUGAAGGAGGAAGUUGAGGGAAUGAAAAAACGAUGCGAUCACUUAGAAAAAUUAUUAGAUCAUCAGCGGAAGGAAUAUGUAUUAAAGUCCUUAUAAAUAAUUAAUAUCUAAACUGUAAAUAAUAUAUUUUCGAUACAAUAAUACACUAUACAACUAUGUAUAUAUUAUUUUAUAAGUGACU